AUGAAGGACCUCUCCGUGGGCGAGCUCUUCGGCGUCGAGGGCAAGACCGUGCUCGUCACCGGCGGCGCGCGCGGCAUCGGCCUCAUGAUCGCGGCGGGUUUCGUCGCCAACGGAGCCAGGGUGUACAUCGCGUCCCGCUCCAAGGAUGCGUGCGAAGCAGCGGCGAAGAAGCUCACCGCCGAGGGCCCGGGAACGUGCGUGGCGCUCAGCGAGGACCUCUCCACCGAGGCUGGCUGCGUGAACCUCGCCAAGAUGUUCAGGGCGAGGGAGGACCGGCUCCACGUGCUGGUGAACAACUCGGGAACGUCGUGGGGAGCGCCGCUGGAGAAGCACUCCGAGAAGGGAUGGGACAAGGUGUACGCCCUGAACGUCAAGGGGAUCUUCUUCCUCACGCGAGAGCUGCUCCCCGCGCUCGACGCGGGAUCCACGACGACGGACCCGGCCAGGGUCAUCAACAUCGGCUCCAUCGCUGGAGAACGGCCGCAGGUGUUUCCGACUUACUCUUAUGAUGCGAGCAAGGCGGCGGUCCACCACAUUACCCGCAAGCUCGCGGACGAGCUCGCGGACAGGCGGCAAAAGGGCGGGCACGCCAUCACCGUCAACGCCAUCGCCCCGGGGUACGUGCCCAGCGCCAUGAGCGACGGUCUGGCGAUGUACAAAGAGAGCGAGGAGAUCGCAAAGUCGGGUAUCCCGCUAAGGAGGAAAGGUGCACCGCAGGACAUGGCGGGCGCGGCGCUCUUCCUGUCCUCCAACGCGGGGGCCUGGAUCACCGGGACGACGGUGCGGGUCGACGGAGGAUUCCUCGCGAAGCUGUGA